GCAUUGUCAGAAUAUGGCGAUGGAGUGACAAAAUUUGUCGAAAAGGAAGGAAAAUCAACCAAGCUAGAAGCCAGUGCAAAAUAUUGAACGUAUUGAAUUUUAGAGUGAUUGUGUAACCCAUUUUGGAUCACCAGUUAGUGAAUUUCAGUGAUUUCGUGCAUCUUUAAUAUUUUUUACAAUGUCUGCGGCCAUGGAAAGGCUUACUAUGGCGGGAUAUUGAUUGCUGAGGACUGACUGAAGAAAAUGUGUUAAAUUUUUGUUCGAUUAGACGAAAAAUUAAAUCGACAUUUAUAAUUUAUGAAUCUAUAGGCUAUAUGAUCAUAUAUUUAUUGUUUAGUGUGGAUGCCUUUCAACUUAUUCAUCGUUGAAUUAUAGCCUAGUGUUGAACAAUUCGUAACUUUGUGAAUUAUAAAUGAUGUCACACCAGAAUAUUAUCAGACUGAAGCAUGAACAAUUACCUAAAAAAUCAACAAAAUACUUGAAUGGUGGGCAAUUCUUGGUUUUCUAAAUCAUUUUCUACAACCAAGGCUCUAUUCAAAUAAGGGCUUCAAGACUAUUUAGUGGUAGACAGUUUCUCUGUCUUCGCAACUAUAUUUUCACAAAAAAUGCUACAAUACUUCAGUCCAUCAAAAUGUUUCAGUGAAAAUUGUGGUUUGAUUAUUAAUUUGUGUAUUUGUAAUAGCCCUAGAUGAGAAUUUAUAAAAACAGUAUGGCCUUUAUUGAACAUUGCAUUGGAAGAAGGCAUGAACAUUUAAAUUCUAAUUUUUUGAAAGCUUGUGGUUCAAUGAUGAAUUAUUAGUAUUAAAACUCUUGGUCAUGUUUUAUAAACAUGCUUCAAUCUCUCAGGAAAAUGAAUUGAUUAUUAUUCAUUCUGAAUUUCAAUAACUGAUAGUUCUAUGAGAGUAAAUAUAAUAACAAAUUGUAAGUUUGAAAUUUGUCAGUGAUCUCAAGUUGGAAACUUUGUUUUUAAUUUGAAACAAUUAUUCUACAUCAAUUCAAUUUAAAUGUUACAAUUUAGUCUGUGGAACAUAAACUAAAAACAGUGUAGAAGCUUUUAUCAAAGUUCACUAUUUUUCGUUUGACCUCCAGUUUUGAAUAUUGAAAUCAUGGCUUACCAACGCCAAACCUGGCAAGUUAACGAAUCUGGCAUUCUAAGGAAAAAAGAUGAACCCGAAGAGGAGCUUCUAGUGUUCGGUUACGCUUGUAAACUUUUCAGAGACGACGAGAAGGCGCUUUAUGUAGACCAAGGCAAGCAUCUGAUACCUUGGAUGGGGAACGAGUCGUUGAAAAUCGAUAGAUACGAUGUGAGGGGUGCCGUCUAUGAUUUGUCACAGUUUGAGACCGCUGGCGGUCAGAGCGAGGAGCCGCUUUGGUUCAAUUUGUCCCAGGAGGAAUUGAAGAUAGAGCAGAUGUGCGAUGAGGAACGGUACAGAGCUUUGACGCAUAACGAAGACGAGGAAGCUUUAUAUCAGGAGGAGGAAUUGAAACGUUUACACCAAGCCUUAGGUAGCGACAAAGCUUAUGGACAGGUAUCCUACAAAUAUGAUGAAGAAGUGGAGGGAGGUGGUGAUAAAAACGGGGAGGAAGAUAAGGGGGAGGAGUCUAGCAACGAUAAAGAACUAGACGAACCCUUCAAGCCGCCUGUAGAACUGGACCUCCCCCAGGGUAUGGUGAUACCGGAAAGUGUCAAACUAAACGCAAUCAUCGAGAAAACCGCCAUGUUCAUAGAUCGGCAAGGCUCUCAGAUGGAAAUCGUGUUGAAAAUCAAACAGUCUAACAACCCUCAGUUUCAGUUUUUGUCGCUGAACUCACCCCUACAUCCUUAUUAUCGGUUCUUGUUGUCUGCUAUUAAAACUGGAAGGUACAAACCUGUGAUACCUGCAAGUGGAGGGGAUGGUGGUAGUAACGAACAAGAAAAUUCUCAACAAAAUAACAGUAACAGUUAUUAUUUGCAUGGGAGUUUAGCGGGGACAAGUAGUAACGUUGAUGUAGCUCCAGUGAUUCCCACAAUUAAUUAUAAACCGUCAGCUGAUUGUGCGUAUUCCAUGUUGGUGAAUAAAAUCAAGGGUAAUCAGAGUAAAUUUUUAGGUGCUGCUGCAGAAACUGUAGCCAACUCCAGGGAGGAAAGUAACAGUAACAGUUACGAUGGGGUAGCAGCGAGUAGUGAGGAGCGGGUACCAGUUACUAGGGUACAGGAGGAGUUGGAGGAGGAUUCUAAAGGGUCGUUGAGUCCGGUCACUCGACCAUCUAGGCCUCCUAAGAGGAGAAGGAGAAAAAGACAGCAAGGAGCUUGUGCUUAUUAUGACCCCGUGGAACAAGAGAUGGAGAACCCAGUUUUUGAAGGACCUGUCAUGGAGGAGGAAACAGUGAUGUAUUGUGAGCCACCACCUCCUCUCCAAGUAUCUGUUCCAGUUCCUGAGGUGGAAGUAGCGGUAACAGUUCCUCCCGCGCCGACACUACCGGUUAUUGAUUUACCCCCAGCAGAUCUGCAACUAAUUAUUGAUAAAAUGGCAAGCUAUGUUGCGAAAAACGGCAGGGAUUUUGAGAGUAUAGUGCGGAGUAAAGGUGAUCCCAGGUUUCAUUUUUUGAAUCCCAGUAACCAGUUUUAUGAGUACUAUUCGAGGCAGGUGGGACAUUAUGAGAGUUUGUUGAAACCGAGUGUUAGUGAAGUGGUUCCUGAGGAGCCACAAAAUAGUUGUGAAAAAGUGGAGAGUUUUGAUGACACGUCCUGUGAUUCGCUGAAGAAGGAUGUUGCUGUGAAAAGUGACGGAGUGCAGAAAAAAGUGGGCGGAGUGUCAAAACCGUUGCCGGUUUGUUUUUCCAUAAAAAAACCGAAAGAAAGUGAAGGGUUGGAGAUAAAAAGUGCGCUACCUGUUGAGGAGAGUUCAGAAGGUGAGGAGGAUGAGGAAAGAGAAGAAGGAGGGGAGGAGAAGGAAGUAAGGGAGGAGAAAGUUGUUGUGGAAAACGUAGUGAGAGUUACAGAAGUUGUGGUGAUUCCAGAGGUAAAAAUUCUGGAGGAACAAGUUAGGGGGAAGGGGGAGAAGUUGUUGAUGAUUGUAGAGAAGAAACCCGUGGAGAAGAAGAUUAAAGUGGUGGAGAAAGAGAAGGUGGUCCAGGUGGGGAGGGAUAAAGAGAAGAUGUCAGGGAAAGAAAGAGAGAAGACGAAGCUAGCGGAGAAGGUGAAGGUGUUGAGGAAAGAGAAGGAGAAAAUUGCGGCGAAAGAUAAGGAGAAAGUUGUGGGAAAAGAUAAAGAGAAAAUGGUGGGAAAUGAGAAGGAAAAGCCGGUGGGCAAAGAGCGGGAGAAACUUGUCGGAAAAGAUAAGGAAAAACUUGACGAAAAAGAGCGGGAAAAACAGUUGGAAAGAAAACGUAGAGCGGCUGCGUUUUUGAACCUAAUCAACAAAAAACAGGACACAAAUUCAGAACCUGUGAUUGGUCCACAGUUGCCGCCGGAAUUGGCGCCAAAUUCAAAUGAGAUGAAAAGUGGGGAGAAUUCCGUGGCUUCUACUCCUCCCUCUAGUUUGUCGUCACCCAAUCACAAUCCUCCACUUCCUCCCCCUCCUCCGCAACUCAACCUCGCCGAAGUGCCUACGAUUGAGAUAGAGGACUCAGCUGAUGAAGAGAAAGAGAGUCUUGUGAAAAAGGCUGCUAAGAAGAAAAGCUCGCAUCGCAGCUGUAGUAUACCAUCAGCCAAAGCUUACAUGGAGUAUUACAAAGCUUCUGAAAGUAAACGACUUCACAGCGAGUACGAAUCGUUGAAACGCAGUAGGAAAAGUAAACACAAGGAGAAGUCGUACAAAUCGAAGAAGCACAAGAGGAAGGAGGAGGAGGAGAAGGAUGAGAGUGAGGAGAGCAGUAGUAGUAGUGAGAGUUCGUCAAGUUCCUCUUCUGAUUCAGAUUGAAGGAAUUUUGACGAAGUUGUCAAUUUUUUGAAAAUGAGGUUGGAAUUUUGAGGAAAACCAUUGAGUAAAGUAUGCUUGAUUUCUAGUGAGACGUGUAGUUCCUUUUUCUGAUUUGAAUUGCGAGAAAUUGUAUUUUUUUAAAUUUGUGAUGUUUGGGAAUAUUUGUGGAAACUGCAAUGAGGAAGCAGUUGUGAUUUCUGAUGAAAUUGAAAAGCACACUGAUGCUGUUAUUGAAAGAAUUUAGAGGAAGUUGUCAAUUGUUUGAGAAUGAGAAUGGAAUCUUGAGGAAUAGCAUUAAGUAAAAUAUGCUUCAUUUCUAUAGAGACGUGUAGUUUCUUUUCUGAUUUAAAUUGCGGGGAAAUUGUCAAUUUUUUAGAAUUAAUUUGUGAUGUUUUGGAAUAUUUGAGGGCACUGUUUUGAGAAAGCAGUUGUGAUUUCUGAUAAAAUUGAAAAGCACACUGUUGCUGUUAUUUGAAUAAUUCAGUUAAUAUGUAGAAGAUUGAUGGAUUCUGAUUUUCGACAGAUAACAAUUAAAGAUAUUACAGGGUUAAAUUACUUGAUAUUAAAUUAUUUUCUUGAAGAUAAUUCAAUUUUUUAAAUGUGGAAUUCGGUACUGUGUACUAGUGGAUUAUAGUGUAACCUUGUGGUGGAACAUUUGAACAUGUCAAAUACUCAUUAACAGUUAAUGCGACUGAAUUAUAAUAGUGAAAAAGUUUAUAUUGUAUAAAGGACAAUAAUUGAACAGUUAUCGUGACUGAUUUGAAACUAUUUAAAAACUACUGUUGUACAUAGGACUGUAAGAUCAAUAUUGUAUCAUUGUUUUCUGUAAUUUUUGUGUGUGUCAUUUUCUCUUGAACGGUCAUGCUUUGUAUGGCCUUUGAAAUAAAUUAUUGUUGCAUUGGUAAAUA